AAGUUACGAAAACAAAAAAAUUUUGUAACCAAAGAAAAGGGACAAAAGUUAAGUUUUAACUCUAGUAUGUUCAAUGUGACGGGAAAAUAAGGCAAGAAAAUGAAGCUGGAGCUGUUAAUUACAUUUUUCAUUACAGUGCACAUGAUUUGUGUUACUAAAGCCAACAUAUUUCAUGAUUUGGAAGACAAAGUACGGGAAGGAAAGGAACGCGGCGGAUGUAUUAUCCCUGAGAGUUGGCAGGAAUUCCGGUGUGAUGUAGAUCCUGUAAAAUCAAUAAUUCCGGAGGAAACAAAAUGCACUGUUAUGAAUGAUAAUGUAGAUUUUUCAAAGUAUGGUUGCGACAGUGGAAUGCUUGUUGCAAUGCAACACACGAGUAAAGGUACGAGUGGACAUGCCGUUCCAAAGUUUGGAUUCCUUGCUUUAUUAGGCGUUGUUGCCAAUGUGAUUGGUAUCGCUGCUGGUAGUGUUGGAAUAGUUUGUGCAUUUACAGAUUGUAAUCCUAGUGAUAGUAGCAGUGGAGGAACAUCAGCUGCAAAUAAACCACCUACAAUAAUAUGUCCGACUAUUCCUGACCAAACAGCUGAUAAACUAAAAGAAACCGUAAAAGUGACUUGGACUGAACCAACAGCAACUGAUCCUGAAGGACAAACUGUAGAUAUUUCCAUAUCCGGUGAACCAUCUGGAUCUGAAUUUGGAAGUGGAAGUCAUGCUAUUCUGUAUACGGCUACUGAUAAUGUUGGUAGUAAAGACACUUGUGAAAUUCGAUUUACAGUGAAAGAAUGA